AUGAAGUCGCAUACUACACUGUCAGGGGUGGCAUUGCUGGUGUCUCUGUUGACCCAGAGCGCAUAUGCCGCCCCUUUUCCUUCAAAAGCUGAUUCAGUCCUUACCAAUGAUCAGGAGACGCCUGCACGGCCACAGCCUAUAGUAUAUAAGACCCAGCGAGGAUUGAACGAGGGGCACCCUACUAUUAUCCCAUUCCCUACUGAAAUUUCAUACAUAACCUUCCGUGCUCGGCCAGGUGCUGUUCACCCCUCAUAUCCUCAUCUAGACAUUCCCGAGGCUGGAUUUAAUGCGGAAAAGUCGACCUGCUGGUAUCGCAACAAGCCUUGUAACGGAAUUCCUCAUAUACCCAUUGCAAAAGAAUUUGGCUCCUUAAAUAAAAGGUCUCCGGCUCCAAACCAAUAUCAAUACGACAACUCCACCAGCAUCCCUGACCCCGGACCAACUGCAACAUCUACUUGCUGCACCGUUUCGACAACCAGCGCUCCUUCAGCAACAAUGGGUGUCGAACAACUAGCCGGUCAGGAUGUCUUCCAGCCAAUUGCGAAGGAUCCCAUUCCCAACAACAUCAACUCAAGGGGCGACCAUCCAGUGAAAACUAACCACAUUAGAGCGAAUGGAGAGCCUAGCAGCACCAUCCCCGGAAACCCUAUUAGGUAUUACAUUAACCCUGUUGGCAUUAAAUCUCUGAUCAUCUCCGCUUCUGAGCUUAUGGAAUCGACCACCCUGUCUGUGUCGAAUCCCAAAGCAUUUUCUGCUCAGGUUAUCCUUCGCCCUACAGCCGGAGCCAGCCAAUGCAUCACAUUCCCGUUGGUUCAAGGUAUGGGGUUCGUCACUGGUAUCUACAACAACUUGCAGCCUGCCAUUCAGUCUGGUGUCCUUUUCCGAAAGAUGGAGCCAGCUGGAUCCCCAGGUGCUGGCAUCUUUAAGUACAAGAUCACUUUGGAGGACGGCAAGGACUGGCUUCUUUACGUCACUCCUGACAACGGCUCUGAUCCAAAAAUGAAUCUUGAGAACAAUAAGCUCAUCAAAGGACCUAGCGGUUUCAAAGGUGUUAUUCAAGUGGCUAAGAACCCCUCCGGAAGUGACGGUGAAGCCGCCUAUGACAAGUCCGCAGGCUCCUAUGCCACCAACUUGAAAGUCUCCGGCUCAGUUACAACUGAUGGCACAGGCACCUACCAGUUUGCCUUCGAGAAGGCAGGAAAGGGUGCACCUUUGAUAAUGUAUGCUCUGCCACACCACACGGAGUCCUUCGAUGGUGCAACCAAGAAUACCAUGAAGAACAUCCAGCUCAGCACUACCACCAAAGGCAUGUCUACUGCUUGUGUUGGAGACUCGUGGACGAUGGUUGAGAGCAACCUCCCCCUCUCCAUGGACUUUGCACCAUGGAAGCCGGGCGCUGGCUCACAAGCCACUCUUUCUGAGGGUGCGAAGAACUCCAUCAAAGCCGUUGCUGGAAACGAGCUGGCUCAGGAUAUUGACUCACAGACAAACCUCAACAGCAUGUACUUCAGCGGUAAGGGGCUUAACAAGUUUGCUGGUGCCAUUUACACCAUUAGUGAGCUUGUUGGAGACAAGGCUACGGCUUCGGGACCUCUCAGCAAACUAAAAGCUGCCUUUGGUCGUUUUGUUGAUAACAAGCAACAGAUCCCCCUUGUCUAUGAUACUGUUUGGAAAGGGGUUGUUUCCUCCGGCACUUAUCAGAAUGGUGAUACCGGCCUAGAUUUUGGAAAUACCCUUUACAAUGACCACCACUUCCAUUACGGCUACUUCAUCCUAGCUGCAGCCAUCAUUGGAAAGAUGGACCCUGCUUGGCUUGAUGCCAACAAGGCUUACGUUAACAUCCUUGUUCGAGACUCUGGAAACUCCGUCGAAAACGACGAUAUGUUCCCCUUCUCCCGUGCAUUUGACUGGUACCACGGCCACUCAUGGGCUAAGGGACUCUUCGAAUCUGCUGAUGGUAAAGACCAGGAAUCCACUUCUGAAGAUACCAUGUAUGCGUAUGCUAUCAAGAUGUGGGGAAAGACCACUGGGGACAAGAGCAUGGAAGCCCGAGGAAACUUGAUGCUUGGAAUUCUGGCAAGAUCUUUGAAUAACUACUUCUUGAUGAAGAAGGACAACUCCAACCAGCCAUCGAACUUCAUUAGCAACAAAGUCACCGGAAUUUUGUUCGAGAACAAGAUUGACCAUACCACCUAUUUCGGAGCAAACCUCGAAUUCAUUCAGGGCAUUCACAUGCUCCCACUCCUUCCAAAUUCCGCGUAUACUCGAAGCGCAGCAUUCGUCAAAGAAGAGUGGAAUGAAAUGUUCGCGCCAAAUGCAAUCGUUCCCGCAGCGAAUGUUCAGGGAGGAUGGAAAGGAGUUCUUUAUGCCAACUUGGCUCUGAUUGAUCCCAAUGCCUCCUGGGAAUACUUCGCUCAGCCCAACUUGGACCUCGCUUCGAUUGAUGGUGGUGCCAGUCGCAUCUGGUAUCUUGCAUAUGCUGCAGGUCUCGGAGGUGGACCAAAGUGA